AUGUGGGAAGGAGGGGCCUUAGUACAAGGAGCAUGUGAUACCCUUACAAGCCUCAGAUCUUGCACUGGCAGCACACGGGGACACAGCAUCUGGACUGGCAGCAGGAUGACCCACAGCCUGAGGAGCAGCCGGGCUUGCAGCAGCUGGACUGGCAGCAGGAUGACCCACAGCCUGAGGAGCAGCAGGGCUUACAGCAGCUGGACUGGCAGCAGGAUGACCCACAGCCUGAGGAGCAGCAGGGCUUGGAGCAGCUGGAUUGGCAGCAGGAUGACCCACAGCCUGAAGAGCAACAGCAGGGCUUGCAGCAACUGCAUUGGGAGCAGCCACAAGAGCCACAGCCUCCCUUGGAGCCUCCACAGGAGCCACAGCCUCCCUUGGAGCCUCCACAGGAACCACAGCCCCCUUUGGAGCCCCCACAAGAGCCACAACCCCUCUUGGAUCCCCCACAGGAGCCACAGCUGGAGCAGGAACAGGCUGGGACACAGCAGCACACGGGCUUGCAGCAGCAGACGGGCACACAGCAGCUGGAGCCACAGCCCCCACAGCCAGAACCACAGCCCCCACAGCCAGAGCCACAGCCCCCACAGCCGGAGCCACAGCCCCCACAGCCGGAGCCACAGCCCCCACAGCCGGAGCCACAGCCCCUACAGCCGGAGCCACAGCCUCCACAGCCGGAGCCACAGCCCCCACAGCCGGAGCCACAGCCUCCAGAGCAGCCACAGCAGCCCAUGGUUCUGGUGGAUUGAGGGUGGAGCAGGUAGAGGAGCAGGUGAGAGGGAGGUGCAGAUGUGGAACCCGAGCCUGGGCUCUUUAUGUACCUGUCUAGGGGUCAGGUGGGUCACAGGGGCCCUUCCUUGUUCCUCCUAA